AUGAGGUUUAGGGGAGUAUUGAUUUUCUUUGUGGGCAGUGUAGUAUGUUACCUGCGCAUCUCCGAACUUGACAAGUUUGACCGUAUGAUGAAGAAAGUGUUGAAGUUUGUUAAAGGCAAAAAAGAUGAAAGAAAAGAUUACGCACCUUCUAAUAUCGGCUUCAGUACCGGUGACCAAUACGCCAAACUACCGGUUUCCAGACCCACAGAAGAAGCGUCAACAACAAUAGAGCAUGCAUGCGGAUAUAGUGUAGAUAUAAACGGAAAGGACAAAAGCCUUACAAAAUUGCAUAAGGUAACAUGGCAAGGAAACCUGGAGAAAGUCAAAGCAGCAGUUAAAAAAACAGACAUUGACAUCCGUGACCGUUCAAACAGAACAGCAUUGCAUUUGGCUGCAGCAAGAGGUCAUGCAAAUGUUGUGUACUUUCUCGUAAAUAACAAAGCAAACGUUAACAUUCGAGACAGUGAUGGAAAAGUUCCUUUGUUGAAGGUAUGA